AUGUCAUCAAAAAAUGAUCACGAACAAAGAACUCCAAAUAUUCAAAAAAUCAAUUUAAGUAACAUGAGAACUAUUAGAAAACCUCAAAGACUUUGUCCAUAUUGUAAGGAAACGAACGACUGCAAUAAAAUAGAAGAGGUUAUUGACAAUUUUCAUGAAAAUCCCAUAAAACAGAAUAAGGCAAAAUCGACUCUCGGACAAUUAGCAAAAAUAUCUUCUAAUAAUUUAUCACAAGCACAAAUUUAUGAAUUAAGAUUUAUUAAGAAAUUAUUCAAGAUACUAUGA